GGCCGGUUGCCAAUCUACUCGGCUUUUACUUCCCUUUCGGCUUACCUGGUGUACAGUCGGCGGGGUUCUCAAUGGUCGACUAGUGUGACGACGGUCGCAGUUGUGUGUUGCACGCGCGUCAAGACGGCGACUCCAAUCACCACUUAUUCGAAAAGGGAUUUUUCCCUUUUCUACGGCGGCGAGAUGAAGUUGAAAUCUCAAUUUAGAGACGAUCUGUCCGAAGGUGGCACCGACGACACCAUGGAUUCCGAAGAAUCUCUUCAAGUGAAGGUGUCCAGCUUAGAGAAAAAGGUACAAGAUCAAUCUAGCGAACUCAUCUGUUUGAGAAGCACCCUUUCGGAAGUUCUUUCUAGGAUUAGAAGUCUAGAAGGAAGAGAAGCCGCAAGUACAAAGCACAGUUCGUCGUCCUGUUCGCCUUCUCCUCCUCCAAAAUCGACUUCUUCUUCGUCCUCUUCCUCGUCUCAUCGUCCUCCUCCUAAACGAAGCGGAACUGUAAAAUUUCUUCUUCAUCCCAAGAACGGAACUCCCAACGGAACGCCCAACGGACCGUCGGUGACGUUCAAUCUGCCCAAUGGAUGCAAACCGCGAAGCGGGAUGACCUCCCCUUUACCUUUCUUCCAUUUGCCUUCUUCCGCUUCCGAACCGAGUGGAAGCUCGAAAUCCGCCUCCCCGAUAUCGUCCCCUCUUCCGUUUCAAACCAAGACCAAUCUGAAGAGUCGUUACGGAUCCACGUCCAAUUUAUCCACCAUGAAGAGGUGGUCUAACUCUCAAGAGUUUAACGGAAAUGGCCACGGCAAUAUAAGACGUUGUACGAGUGGUUCCAUGCUCAAUCUCCACAUUAGAUCGUCUCCAGUUCCACAGUUAAAACAUGGGACCAAAGAAACGAGUCUCAAUCACGAGGACGGUAUAGUGAAAAUGUAUCUAAGAGGACGUCCAAUCUCCAUGCACAUUCCUACAGUUCAGAAUAGCAACUACAGUCUACAGAAAGUCAAUCCGGCUCCUCCUCAGAGGCUGAGAAUCGAAUGGGUACACGGUUACAGAGGAAGAGAUUGUCGUUCUAACUUAUACUGGCUUCCCACGGGAGAGAUACUUUACUGCAUAGCAUCGGUGGCCAUUCUGUACAACGUGGAGGAUCAAAUCCAAAGACAUUAUCUGGGGCACACGGACGAUAUCAAAUGCAUGACCCUGCACCCGAAUAAGUUACUAGUGGCCACUGGCCAGGUGGCAAGCAUCGACAGACGAGACAGGAGGUGUCGUCCCUUGACCAUCGACGUCACGUCUCCCGACGCUGCUCAUUGGCCUCACGUUCGCAUCUGGGAUUCCGUUAGCCUUAACACCCUGCAAGUGAUCGGUGUGGGAGAAUUCGAAAGGGCAGUCAACUGCGUGGCAUUCUCUCAAGCGGACGGCGGUUCUUUACUGUGCGUGGUAGACGAUUCUCAGGAUCAUACUCUCUCCCUUUGGGACUGGCAGAAGAGCGAGCACGGUCAUAAAAUCACCGAAACUAAGUGCGCCGCCGGACCGGUUUUGGCGGCAGAAUUCCAUCCGCUGGACAGUCACACUUUGGUGACGGUCGGAAGAGGACACGUGCACAUAUGGAACGCCGAAGGAUACACUUUAAGUAAGAAGGUUGGGAUUUUCGAGAAGCAUAACAAGCCUAAAUACGUGCAGUGCAUAGCCUUCACGGAUAUGGGCGAUCUCCUGACCGGAGACUCUUCUGGCAAUAUCUCUGUAUGGGCGAGAGGUUACAAUAAGGUAUGUAGGACAAUCGGGAACGUUCACGACGGAGGAGUGUUUUCUAUUUGCGUUCUAAAAGACGGAACGUUCGUGACCGGAGGUGGUAAGGAUUUCCGGAUCGUUCAAUGGGAUCUCGGAGUUAAAAGGCCGUUAUCGGAAGCUACUCUACCCGACAACGUGGGAGGCGUUCGUAUGAUAACGAGAGGCAAAGGUAACAUCCUCUUAAUAGGCACAACCAAAAAUUGCAUUCUGCAGGGCACAAUGACACACAACUUCGAAGUUGUUGUGCAGGGUCACACAGAAGACGUUUCCAUGCUGGCCGUGCAUCCGACCGACAGCCACUUCAUUACAGGAGGUCACGACCACAAAAUCUGCCUGUGGGAUACUCUCUCGCACAGAGUCGUCUGGAUUAAAGACAUAGGCGAGACCCCGCAGGCAGGGUGCUUCUCUCCGGAGGGUAACGCCAUCGUGGUGGCAACGACGGAAGGCAGGUGGAUCGUGAUGGACGUCAACACUAGACAAACACUUUCCAUCCACACGGACAGCAACGAGCCGGUUACCUGCGUUAAAUUUUCACCGGAUGGGAAUUUCCUAGCUAUCGGUUCUCACGAUAAGUAUAUUUAUGUUUACAACGUCAGCGACGAUUAUAAAAAAUACAGCAGAAUCGGAAGAUGUGCGGGUCAUUCCAAUCCAGUGUUAAAUAUCGACUGGUCCGAAGACAGUACCAAUUUGCAGUCUUGUUCCUCCGAUCACGAAUUAUUAUAUUGGAAUGCAACCGUUUGUCGUCAGUUAACGAGUCCAGCCGCAAUUAAAGACGUAACAUGGAGCAGUCAGUCGUGCAUCGUAGGCUUUAAUGUUCUGGGCAUAUGGCCGGAAAAUUCCGAAGGACCCGACGUUUUAAGUUGUGAUAAAUCUCGCGAUAACAAACUGCUGGUCACCGGGGACGAUUUCGGAAAAGUCAAACUAUACUCUUAUCCGGCUUGUCAACCUAAAAGUUUAUACCACACUUACAGCGGACACAGCAGCCAAGUACCCGCAGUCAGUUUCCUGCAAGAUGGGCACAAAGUGGUGUCUCUGGGUGGAAGGGAUUGCAGCGUCAUACAGUGGUCUUUGCACUGACACAUUAUAUUAACGAAGGAGACUGUUUAAUAAAGGAAGAAGGGUUUCCUCGUAUUUUUGCCUGUUUAAAUUAAUCCACAACUAAGUCACGCCUUAGACUAGAAAACUUCGUGGAAUGGCUCACUAAUGAAAUUUGUAUAUGCUAAUUUUUGUACAUAACUUAUUUUUUCAUAAAUCUGUUAAAUAAAAAAGGAUAAUUGUUUA